UGGUUUUGCAGUUCUAACAUAAUGUAAAACCUGACAACUUUUGGAGUGUAGUCUUCCUUAUUUCUGUUUCUAGUCCUGCGUUUUGCUUACCCCUGGAAGGAAUAUAUAUCCGAAGGAGUACACUGAUUCUCUCAGAAGGCGAGGAGUACUUAUCACAGAAAGCUUGUUAAAACAAAAUCUUCUAAGAUCUCAACCCACAAUGUCGAUGCCAAUGAGUAAUGUAAAUAAGGGCGGAUAUGUGCCGCCAGGAUUUGGAGCUGGGUAUCCAUCAGGAGGGACUGCACCUAAUAUGCCGCAAGGUGGAGCUUAUGGGCCCUCAGCACCGGGUGCAUAUGGUUUUACUCCUGGCCCACCACAGGGCGGCGGCUAUGCGCCCGUACCACAAAUGCCUGCCUACGGUGAAGUUCCUCCAAAUAUUGGUGGUCCACAGCCUCCAUAUGGAGGUAUGGCUCAACCACAGCCACUGUACAAUGGUGGCGGUGGCUUUCAACCUUCGCCUGGAUUUGGCCCACAAGGUCCAGUAGUUACGCAACCGGGAAUGCCGCCGCCAGGACAACCUGGACAACCAAUGAUGCAACCACCACAAGCAAUGGGACCGGCAGGCGAUUGGAUGAGUAUGCCAGCCGGCAUACCGAAUUGUCCGCGCGGCUUGGAAUACCUUACGAUGGUCGACCAGCUUUUGGUUAAACAAAAAGUCGAAUUACUCGAAGCUUUCACCGGUUUCGAGACCAAUAAUAAAUUCUCAAUAAAAAAUGCGCUCGGUCAAAAAGUCUAUUUCGCUGUAGAAGAAAACGAUUGUUGUACGCGUAAUAUAUGUGGUCCAUCUCGUCCAUUUGAUAUGAAAGUAUUCGAUAAUUACCGUAAUGAAGUCAUCCAUAUGAACCGACCAUUAGCCUGUUCGGCGUGUUGCUUCCCAUGCUGCCUACAAACAAUGGAGGUAUCUUCACCACCUGGCUGUGUAGUUGGCACCAUCGAACAAGAAUGGUCCAUAUGUUCGCCCUCAUUUCGUAUAAAAAAUCAUAUUGGUGACACAGUGCUACGCAUCGAGGGACCCUUCUGUACCUUUACAAUGUGUGGCGAUGUACAAUUCAAUAUUGUUUCCUUAACUGGGGAGUCUGUGGGAAAGAUCUCAAAACAAUGGUCUGGUUUAGCACGAGAAUUAUUUACUGAUGCUGAUUUCUUUGGUAUUACCUUUCCGCUGGAUUUGGAUGUGCGCAUAAAAGCUGUGCUAUUGGGCGCUACUUUCCUUAUUGACGCCAUGUUCUUUGAAAAACAAGCAAAUCGAGAAACUGAUCGACCAGGCAUGUUUUAAUGAGAUUCACAUACAACACCGGUAAAAUUAAUUUGUAUAUAAAAAUAUAGUGAAAUGUUUAAAAAUAUAGCAACGCAUACAUACUUCGAAAUUAAAUACUUAGGUUUAAUACUAAAACUUUUUUCAAAAAAAAAAAGAUAAACCAUUUUGGAUAAAUUCGAAUAACUAACUAGUCCACUUGAAACCAAAGUAAAAAUACGGCUUAAAAAUAUAUGUUUUUAUGAAAUAUUAUAUUUGCUAUUUAAAGUGUAAAUUACGUGUGUAGUUACGCAUUUUGUAUGUAUUUUUGCACUAAGCCUAUGUGUAUAUAUGUACAUAUGUAUGUAUUCAAUAGCUUUAAAAGUAUUGCUGAGAAAUUCGCUCUUUGUAUGAAUUUUUUUUUACUGUUUUUAUUAUAAUCUUUGUAAAUGCAAAUUUGUUGGAGCUAAUAAAAUUGAAUACUCAUGGCCUUAUAGCCCCUACAAAUAUAAAUGUCUGUAUGAAUUUUAUAAUAACAUUUACUUCAU